GACAACUUUGCAAACACACGGCCCCAGUGGCUGAACAACAGAACCCUCCCCAUCGCCCUCGCCCCCAGCCCACUGAACCCAGUGAGCCCACACAGCACCCCAGCCCCAGCCCAGUGAGCCCACCAUAGCCCCAGCCUCAGCCCAGUGAGCCCACCCUAGCCCCAGCCCAAGCCCAGUGAGCCCAUCCAGUCCUAUGCCCCAGCCCAGUGAGCCCACACAGCUCCAGCCCCCUCACCCAGCCUGGGGGUGAUCCAUCAGUCGGUGAAGUGGCCUUGAACUGAUGAGUAAAUGAUGCUGUCAACCUGCCGGUCUGUCAUGACAGCAAGGCCAGGCAGAUGGCCCAAACACAGAUAUUUUCUUCUCCACUCACACACACAUGUUAAGUUUGCUGAAAAUAAAUGCAGUUGACAGUGAGAGGACGUUUCUUUUUUUGCUGAGUUUACAUAUGAAGUGGGUAAAACAGUAUGUAAACAUUAUAUUCUGAAAACACUUACCUAUUUAUUUCCUAUUUAUUAAAUUCAUACUUUUAAUAAAAACUUCUAGCGAAUACAACCUCCGACUUUUCCCUCAUUGCUCGUACUACGUAAGUCGAGAUUCAAUUGGGUCCGUGCUAUCCGAGAUCGUUGGGAUGUAUAUUUCUCAAAUGUCCGGUAAAUUAAAAUGUUGCCGGUCAAAUGUCCGGCGCCACCUUUUCCUAACGGAAACCCUGGUGUGUGUGUGUGUGUGUAAACUGGGAGAGAGAACCGUGUUGGGGGACUACAGGGCCAGGGACCUGCUGCUGGACUGUCUGAAAUAUGCAGUGCCUUGUGAAAUUUCCCAGAAUCCCCUUCCUGCUCUGAUCUUUUCGGGCCAGGCUGACGUUCAGUAGCUCCUCCCUUGGGGCCUCUUUGGUGUGUGUCUGUGGCGUCUGGUCAGGUUGCCUGGCUGAAAACACUCCAUCCAUCCUUCACUUGAAAGGCUGUCAGAAAUGUGACGACUGAGGGCGCUUGACUGCUGCCACCUGAGAGGUCAAAGGUGAGAUUGGCCUGGAGAAGGAGAAGGAAGGUGUGCCUCAGGAGGGUUUUGACUAGAAAGGAUACAGCUUUUGUCAGAUUUGACUUUUCGUAGCAGGUUAGGACAACUUACGCAGCAGGUUAGGAAAAUGUAUUUAGCAGGUUAGGAGAAUUAGGUUAAGGUGGGGAAAAGGGUUAGGGUUAGAUGCAAAAUAUGAUAAAAGUCACCUUGUCUGAGAGAGAUUUAGGUUUUUCAUGUUUAUCAAAACGUCACGCCAGAGUAAGCCUACACGAAACACAGCCCUUAUUUUAAGUGUUUCUAAAAUCCCCUAUGGGAAAAGCAAUUGGAACCAUUUCCUUGUUUGACCACUAGGUUUUAUGGGUAUUAUGACACCUCCACAGUGGGACUCUAUUGUGAGGGUUCAGGAUACACUACCUGUCAAAAGUUUGGACACACCUACUCAUUUAAGCGUUUUUCUUUAUUUUUACUAUUUUUUACAUUGUAGAAUAAUAGUGAAGACAUCAAAACUAUUAAAUAACACAUAUGGAAUCAUGUAGUAACCAAAAGUGUUAACCUUUUUUUUUCAAUUUUCGCCUAAAAUGACAUACCCAAAUCUAACUGCUUGUAGCUUAGGACCUGAAGCAAGGAUAUGCAUAUUGAUACCAUUUGAAACGAAACACUUUGAAGUUUGUGGAAAUGUGAAAUUAAUGUAGGAGAAUAUAACACUUUAGAUCUGGCAAAAGAUAAUACAAACAAAAAAACAUGCGUUUUCAAUUUUUGGUUUUUUCAUCAUCUUUGAAAUGCAAGAGAAAGGCCACAAUAUAAUAUUGCAGUUUAGGCGCAAUUUAGAUUUUGGCCACUAGAUGGCAGCAGUGUGUGUGCAAAGUUUCAGAUUGAUCCAGUGAAGCAUUGCAUUACUGGACUAUUUUGUAUCAAGUCUGCGCAAAUGUGCCGAAUUGGUCAAUUGAUACAUUAUCAAGUACAUAACUAUAGAGAACAUAUAAAAAUGAUAUGGUAAUACAAAAUGUAAGUUUACACACUUCCAGGAAUGUCAUACAUGAUGGAUCAUUAGCUUAUACACUAACUUUCACACAUCUAGAUGGGUGGGUGUGGAGCCAGAGACAGCAAGGGUUCAAACUGUAGAACCCAGUUCCUACAUUUGAAUAUAAAAAUGGAAUUUAUCAAACAAAACGAUGCUACAUUUUAUCUCUGGGACCCUCAGGAUGACAAAUCAGAGCAAGAUUACUGAAUGUAAGUACAUUAUUUACCUUCAGAGGUGAAUGUAUCAAACCAGUUGCCGUGAUACGUUUUUUGUUGUUGUGCACUCUCCUCAAACAAUAGCAUGGUAUUUGUUCACUGUAAUAGCUACUGCAAAUUGGACAGUGCAGUUAGAUUAACAAGAAUUAAGCUUUCUGCCCAUAUAAGACAUGUCUAUGUCCUGGAAAGUUUGCUGUUACUUACAACAGUCAUGCUAAUCACAUUAGCGCACAUUAGCUCAACCAUCCCGUAUACGGGACACCGAUCCCGUAGAGGUUAAACAAAUCAAAAUAUAUUUUAUAUUUAAGAUUCUUCAAAUAGCCACCCUUUGCCUUGAUGACAGCUUUGCACACUCUUGGCAUUCUCUCAACCAGCUUCAUGAGGUAGUCACCUGGAAUGCAUUUCAAUUAACAGGCGUGCCUUCUUAAAAGUUAAUCUUAAUGCGUUUGAGCCAAUCAGUUGUGUUGUGACAAGGUAGGGGGGGUAUACAGAAGAUAGUAAAAAUAAAGAAAAACCCAUGAAUGAGUAGGUGUGUCCAAACUUGACUGGUACUGUAGGCAUUUACGUUUAAGUAAUUUUCACCUAGUCGGCUCGGGGAAUCAAACCAGCGACCCUAAAGGUACACUAUGAUCCUCUCCUUAUGCUCAUGUUGUGUCCUUGAAUUACUUCAGUCUUUCUAUGACAACGACUUUGUUCACUGAAUCUGAAAAACCUGUAGAACAUCCACAGUUUUCUCAUUCAGAGACCACACACCUACAGCAUGAACAAACUGGCCCCUGACUCCUGGACUAGAAUUUCCUGUUUCUCCCACGUUGAGAUGAACGGCCAGAGAGGUGCCCUGGAAAGGUAGUGAAGACUGAUGUGGCCCAUCUGUCUGUGUGGACACCUCCAGCCCGUUUAAACAGCUGCAGACAUAUCUAAGUCAUCUGGAGUCAGACACACAAUGAUACGGAGAGAGGAGCUAGAUUUAACCCUCCCGUUGUCCUAGGGUCAAAAUGACCCGCCACUGUGUUGAACCAAAUUUAUUUAAUUUUUAUAUUUUUGGGAUCAUUUGUGAGAAGGAGGCAGUGAGACUUUAAAGAAAGUAUUACUGCCUCCUUCUCACAAAUGAUCAAAAAAAUAUAAAAAAUUUAUAAAGUUGGUUCAACACAGUGGCGGGUCAUUUUGACCCUAGGACAACGGGAGGGUUAAGUUAGUGUUUGAUCCCUGUUUGUAGAAUAGUAGACCUAAUCAGCAGGCAGGACGUGAGAAAUGGAUAGAAUAUAAGGCGUAAAAAAAAUGAUUUCUUCCUCCAUUUAUUUGCAAGCAGUGAUUGAUCUUACACUCCCACCUUGAAGCUUUUAAAAAAUGCACUUCUCACACGAGCUGUCAGUGUCUAUCCCAAACAAAAGCAAUAUGCUGGAGGGGUUAAUUUCCAUAUUAUGCUCCUCUGUGUUAAAUCUUUUAUUUUCUCAUCCCCUCAGGAUUAAGGGGAGAAGAGCAGAUGAUUAUGUAUUCAGCUCUAAUAAUACCCCCCUAUACCCUCCACCCCCCACACACCAUCACCCCAUCCUACACACACACACACACACACACACCAUCACGCCAUCCUCCAGCAACGGCAGAUAGAGGGAGGAAGGAGGGAUUGUAAGGGAGGCAGAGGGGAAGAAGGGUGGAGCGAGAAAAAUUGAAAACAGGGCAGUUAGGUGUGCACCCCCACCUCCAUCCCAUCCUCCAGCAACGAGGGAGGGAGGGAGGGAGGGAGGGAGGGAGGGAGGGAGGGAGGGAGGGGAGGGAGGGAGGGAGGGAGGGAGGGAGGGAGGGGAGGAGGGAGGGAGGGAAAAGUGGGGGUGGAUUAGCAGUUUCAUUCUGGAUAGAUACAGUAAGGCACCAUUCACAUCUACACCCACACACACACACACACACACACACACACACACACAGACACUGCUACUGUACACAGACAGUGUUUGUGUUUGUUUUGUUGAUGUGUUUAUUACCUGUCUUAUUACUAUACCACACCCAGGAGGCUCAUUCUGUAGUGACAGUGUAUCUGCUUAGGAUUGAGACAGACAAAGAGAAGGGAACAGGCUAAUAGAAAUGCCCUCCUACUGGUGUACUGUAAAUAAUACUUAUUCAGAUGCUACACAGAAGGAUUUCACAGUAUUCUAUUGUUGCUUACUGCUGCUGGAGAGUUUUAAACAAAGCCUUGUCAGGUUCUGCCGGCUUUGUUUCUCAAUACUUUGUUAUAUACCCUUGUUGGCAAUGACACAGGUCAAACGUUUUCUGUAGCUUCACAAGGUUUUCACACCUGUUGUGGUAUUUGGACCAUUCCUCCAUGCAGAUCUCCUCUAGAGCAGUGAUGUUUGGGCUCUCGCUGGGCAACACAGACUUUCAACUCCCUCCAAAGAUUUUCUAUGGGGUUGAGAUCUGGAGACUGGCUAGGCCACUCCAGGACCUUGAAAUGCUUCUUACGAAGCCACUCCUUCGUUGCCCGGGCGGUUGUGUUUGGGAUCAUUGUCAUGCUGAAAGACCCAGCCACGUUUCAUCUUCAAUGCCCUUGCUGAUGGAAGGAGGUUUUCACUCAAAAUCUCACGAUACAUGGCCCCAUUCAUUCUUUCCUUUACACGGAUCAGUCGUCCUGGUCCCUUUGCAGAAAAACAGCCCCAAAGCAUGAUGUUUCCACCCCCAUGCUUCACAGUAGGUAUGGUGUUAUUUGGAUGCAACUCAGCAUUCUUUGUCCUCCAAACACGACGAGUUGAGUUUUUACCAAAAAGUUAUAUUUUGGUUUCAUCUGACCAUAUGACAUUCUCCUAAUCCUCUUCUGGAUCAUCCAAAUGCACUCUAGCAAACUUCAGACGGGCCUGGACAUGUACUGGCUUAAGCAGGGGGACACGUCUGGCACUGCAGGAUUUGAGUCCCUGGCGGCGUAGUGUGUUACUGAUGGUAGGCUUUGUUACUUUGGUCCCAGCUCUCUGCAGGUCAUUCACUAGGUCCCCCUGUGUGGUUCUGGGAUUUUUGCUCACCGUUCUUGUGAUCAUUUUGACCCCACGGGGUGAGAUCUUGUGUGGAGCCCCAGAUCGAGGGAGAUUAUCAGUGGUCUUGUAUGUCUUCCAUUUCCUAAUAAUUGCUCCCACAGUUGAUUUCUUCAAACCAAGCUGCUUACCUAUUGCAGAUUCAGUCUUCCCAGCCUGGUGCAGGUCUACAAUUUUGUUUCUGGUGUCCUUUGACAGCUCUUUGGUCUUGGCCAUAGUGGAGUUUGGAGUGUGACUGUUUGAGGUUGUGGACAGGUAUCUUUUAUACUGAUAACAAGUUCAAACAGGUGCCAUUAAUACAGGUAAUGAGUGGAGGACAGAGGAGCCUCUUAAAGAAGAAGUUACAGUUCUGUGAGAGCCAGAAAUCUUGCUUGUUUGUAGGUGACCAAAUACUUAUUUUCCACCAUAAUUUGCAAAUAAAUUCAUAAAAAAUCCUACAAUGUGAUUUUCUGGAUUUUUUUUCCUCAUUUUGACUGUCAUAGUUGACGUGUACCUAUGAUGAAAAUUACAGGCCUCUCUCAUCUUUUUAAGUGGGAGAACUUGCACAAUUGGUGGCUGACUAAAUACUUUUUUCCCCCACUGUAUCUAACAUUUACAUUUUAGUCAUUUAGCAGACGCUCUUAUCCAGAGCGACUUACAGUUAGUGAAUACAUAUAUUAUUAUCUAAGUCAUCUGGAGUCAGACACACAAUGAUACGGAGAGAGGAGCUAGAUUUAAGUUAGUGUUUGAUCACUGUUUGUAGAAUAGUAGACCUAAUCAGCAGGCAGGACGUGAGAAAUGGAUAGAAUAUAAGGCGUAAAAAAAAUUAUUUCUUCCUCCAUUUAUUUGCAAGCAGUGAUUGAUCUUACACUCCCACCUUGAAGCUUUUCAAAAAUGCACUUCUCACACUAGCUGUCAGUGUCUAUCCCAAAAAAAAAGCAAUAUGCUGGAGGGGUUCAUUUCCAUAUUAUGCUCCUCUGUGUUAAAUCUUUUAUUUUCUCAUCCCCUCAGGAUUAAGGGGAGAAGAGCAGAUGAUUAUGUAUUCAGCUCUAAUAAUACCCCCCUAUACCCUCCACCCCCCACACACCAUCACCUCAUCCUACACACACACACACACACACACACACACACACCAUCACGCCAUCCUCCAGCAACGGCAGAUAGAGGGAGGAAGGAGGGAUUGUAAGGGAGGCAGAGGGGAAGAAGGGUGGAACGAGGAAAAAUUGAAAACAGGGCAGUUAGGUGUGCACCCCCACCUCCAUCCCAUCCUCCAGCAACGAGGGAGGGAGGGAGGGAAGGUGGGAGGGAGGGAAGAAUGGGGGAAGAGCGAGGGAAAGAGGGAAAAGUGGGGGUGGAUUAGCAGUUUCAUUCUGGAUAGAUACAGUAAGGCACCAUUCACAUCUACACACACACACACACACACACACCACACACUGCUACUGUACACAGACAGUGUUUGUGUUUGUUUUGUUUGUUGUGUUUAUUACCUGUCUUAUUACUAUACCACACCCAGGAGGCUCAUUCUGUAGUGACAGUGUAUCUGCUUAGGAUUGAGACAGACAAAGAGGAGGGAACAGGCUAAUAGAAAUGCCCUCCUACUGGUGUACUGUAAAUAAGACUUUUAUUCAGAUGCUACACAGAAGGAUUUCAUACAGUAUUCUAUUGUUUGCUUGACUGCCUGCUGUGAGAGUUUUAAACAAAGCCCUUGUCAGGUUCUGCCGGCUUUGUUUUCCUCAGAAAAUGCCACCACACGCACAAUACAGUCAUCUUCUAAAUCAAUAAUCAUCUCUGAGAGCUUACUGUUUGCUUUCUCUGCACUACCCAAUAAUAUCCGAAUCCAUCUUGCUGCAAACCAGAGACUCACGUCUUUCCAAUGUUUCCUUUCCCUCUUCCUCCUCUUCAUCAUUUCCUCCCUCCUCCUUUAUCCCUCCUUCUUCCCUCCUCCUCGUCCUCCUCUUCCUCCCUCUCUCCUCUUCUUCCUCCAGCACGCUGACCAUCUAUGGCGUCAGUCAGGAGGACGAAGCCAUCUACCAGUGCAUCGCUGAGAACAGUGCCGGCUCCACCCAGGCCAGUGCCCGUCUCACCGUGCUGUGGGCAGACGGCCUGCCAGGGAUGCCCAGUCUGGUGCGGGCCGAGGCCCUCUCACCCACCGCCAUCCAGGUGUCCUGGAAGGAGCCUGCCCAGAACACUCAGGAGAUCAUCGGCUACGUGCUCCACAUCCGCAGGACCACAGGUUAGUGGCUAACACCAUCUCUAACACACCAAUAGAACACACAAUACUGCUCUGGCUCAGAUGAACUGGUUCACUAUGGGGAGACCGGAUGUUAUCCAGUCAUUGUAGUACAUACUGUACCAUCUAGCUAUCGCCUGAAAAAAGGUAUUUUGCUUAUAUGCAAAUCAAAUCAAAUGUUAUUGGUCACAUACACAUAUUUAGCAGAUGUUAUUGCGGGUGUAGCGAAAUGCUUGUGUUCCUAGCUCCAACAGUGCAGUAGUAUCUAACAAUUCACAACAUUCCACACAAAUCUAAAAGUAAAAGAAUGGAAUUAAGAAAUAUAUAAAUAUUAGGACGAGCGAUGUCUGAGUGGCAUUGACUAAAAUACAGUAGAAUACAGUAUAUACAUAUGAAACGAGUAAAACAGUAUGUAAACAUUAUUAAAGUGACUAGUGUUCCAUUUAAAGUGACCAGUGAUUCCAUGUCCAUGCAUUAGCUCUCUAUGUGACGUAUGUUAUUUUACUGAGGUUAAUGGGAUGGCUGCCCUCCGUGUGGGGUUAGGAGAUGAUACAGAACAGUAGUGAGUGUGGUAUGUACAGUAGGUAGAGUGUUCUGUGUGUAAUGGAGGGGAGGCUUGGGAGGCUGGCUCCCCCAGGGCUGACUACAGCUUAUCUUCCAGCAUCACCCCUCUAGCUCCUCUUCCCCUGGGCCCUCACUGAGCUGGGAGCAGGAAGAGGAGGUGAGAGAGGAGGGGAGAGGAAGAGGAGGUGAGAGAGUAGGGGAGAGGAUGAGAGAGUAGGGGAGAGGAUGAGAGAGUAGGGGAGAGGAAGAGAGAGUAGGGGAGAGGAAGAGAGAGCAGGAGAAAGCAGAAGGGAAGGAGGAAGCUAAAAAGUGAAGGAGAGAACAGGGGAGAGGAUGAAAGAGCAGGAGAGAACAGAGUAAGAGGUAGAGAAUGAGAAAACAGGCGACAGCAGGAGAGAGGAGGAAGGAGAGAGCAGGGAGAAUGUACUCCAGCCACACCAGGAUGGAUGGUCGCACUGCCAUCCCCUUCCUUCCUAUAGAGGAGCCAUAAAAGUGCUUUUAAUUGAUAAUUGAAUGAGACAACAUUUUAUGUUGGCAUGUUAAUGUUUAUUUGCUGGGGUUGUGAGGUCUGGUGGUGUGGCAAUCUCCAGUGUGUGUGUGUGUGUGUGUGUGUGUGUGUGUGUGUGUGUGUGUGUGUGUGCGUGCGCGUGCGGUUGCGUGUGUGUGUGCGCACGUAUAGUAUGUGUGUGUGGUUGCGUGCGUGCAUGUGUGUUUCUGUAUGAGUGUGUGUGCAGCAGUAACAGAAUACGUCACCCAGGCACAGCUGCUGCUCUCUCCUCUGUAGUGCUAUCAGAUGUAUAAUUAAAGGCCCCAGGGGCUAGCCCAUAGGAACUGCUUUAAUUACCUACCAAAGACAGGCUGCCCCAAUGGGCUGAGGGCUAGAGGUAGAUAGUGGUUAUGGGUGAGUAACUUUGACUUAAGGGCGAUAACGCACUGUAACCCCCUCCCCCUACACCCCCCUCUUUCUUCAAAUUUAACAAGCACUCACCUAGAGCCACCCCCUCGAUUCACUCAGCUCUGUUGUUCACAGUCCCUAUUACCAAAUGCAGUAAUCCUGACAGUACACUAUAAAAAAAAAUCUAAUUGUAUCAACUAAUUAUUAUUAAGUAACUAGUUCCACAGCCAUUUUUUUGUUUACAAAAAUUUUAGGCACAAGUAUUACCCCAAAAAUAAACUUGGCCUAAACUUACUGUAGCUCCACCUUGAAAAAAUGUAGGCAGAAAUUCAGUCAACUUAAAAUUAUGUGUUUGCUCAAAUUGUCUCAUAUGUUAAUUCAACUAAAAAUUAUUAUUUGGGCAUCUUAACUAAAAAAGGCUGUGGAACUAGUUACACACAGUGCUUUUAACAUAUAAUAUUUUCAACUUACAUAUUUGAUAUAGUGCAUGUGAAUUAUACAGGAAUUCAUAUUCAACAUGUCCUCCCUGGGAUUUGAACUCACAACCUCUUGGUUCACAGCAGUCCAAUGACUGAUUUCACCUCUAUUGCUACACUUUGUACUUCAAAGUAAAUCUCAGCUCUGUUAAAAGUACACUCUAGAAAAACUAUUUUAUUUAUUAUAGUGAUUAAGUAGUAAUAUUAAAACAGAGUAAUAUGCCAACUAUACAGAAAAAACAAACAUUUGUGAAGUAAGUAAAUCAAAUCAAUGAUGAGAGAAUAGUCAGAUUAACUGCUGCAUGACGCAGACAUGGUGGCGUAGCAGGAAGAUUGGAAUACCAUGAACCAAGAGGUUCUGAGUUCAAAUCCCACGUGAGGACAUGUUGAAUACUGAUAAAUGCACAAUGUAAACAUGUAUGUCAAAUAUGUAAGUUGAAAAGCACUGUGUAAAUAAUGUGUAGCUGAAUGAACAUAUGAGACAAGUUGAGCAAACACGUCAUUUUAAAUGUACUUAAUUUUUGCUUAAGUUUUGUAAAGUUGGAGCAAAGUUUGGGCCAACAAAUGUUUUUGUUGUUCAGGUAACACUUGGUCCAAAAGUUGAGUAAACGGCUGUGGAAAAAAGUCUGUGUCCGUAAAAUGUAUAUAGUAUGUAUAAACUGGAAGUAUUGUUGUCCAUUAGUUUACUCCAAAUAGGGGAGGGCUGGUAGGGUUAGGAAAAUAUAUUUUAAAAAUAUAUAUAUAUACAGUAUAUAUAUAUAUUUAAAAUAAUAUAUAUAUAUUAUUUUAAAUAUAUACAUAUUAUUUUAAAUAUAUAUUAUAAUUGUUUUAUAUAUAUAUUUGUAUAUAUUAUAUAUUUGCAGCAAACCAGAGAAAUGAUGCAGAUAAUUACAUUGAUAGAAGCCACAAUCUAUCUGCACUAUAAAAGCUGAUCGACCCCCUAAAAAAUGUUGUGGAACCAAUUACUUAGUAAUAAUUAGUUGAAACAACUACAUUAUUUUACAGUGUACAAAUAACAGUUAAAUUAAACAACCUCUCUCUCGCUCUUUUUUUCUCUCUCUUUCUCCCUCCCCCGUCCAUCGCUCUCUCCAUCCCUCUCUCAGACCUUGUGGAGAUGGAGUACCAGGAGGCCGUCAGUAAGGUGACUCUACAGCAGGUGGUGGGGGAUCUGGAGCCCUCCACCAGCUAUACCUUCUAUGUGAAGGCCUACACGUCCCGUGGAGCCAGCAAGCCCUCCGAGAGCGCCACCGAGAGCACACUGGGCGAAGGUGUGCCUUGGGAACGCACACACUUGAACACAUACACACACACACUUGCACAAACACAAACAGAGCACCCACACACACACACACACACACACAUAAGCAUAUGCACACAGCACACACACAGACUUACACACACAGACAUAAACGCUCACUGCUAAGAAGUUAAUUGGUGGUAAUUACAUGGACCAAAAAAGGUUUUUAUGAGUUGUUUAUUGUAAAGGUUCUGUAAAACACCUACAGGAGUCAGUAGUACAGUAGACACAUACCUGACUGAGAUAUACUGAGAAAGUACUAAAAACCUGUUUUAUAGACUAAUGUUAUGUGGAUGUUUAGGGGUUUCUAACAGCAUUGUGUGUGUGUGUGUGUGAAUGUGUGUGUGUGUGUGUGUGUGUGUGUGUGUGUGUGUGUGUGUGUGUGUCUGUGUGUGUGUUUCAGUGCCAGCACCCCCGUCACUAUUCAUUAAAUUGGUGAACAGCAGUGUGGUGCAGGCGGUGUGGGAGCCAUCCUCUAAGAUGGGCCAACAUGAGGGCUUCAGGCUGUUCUACAGGAGAGUCCACACCCCCCUCUUCACUGGACCACUCACCUUCACCCGCAACGUCACCCAGUACAACAUCACUCAGCUUGGUGAGAUGGGGGACAUAGGCUGGGGGCUGGGGGUAGGAUUAUCCAUGGAGAUGUGUUGAAGGGAUUGUUACACAGUCAAUGUAUUUGAAGUAAUGCCUUGAAUGAUAGUACAUUAGAAGCCAACUCUAUUCAUAUAGCUAUAUGUCUCAACUGCUCUCUCUCUCUGUGUUCCUCCUCUCCUCAGAUCCAACCCUGGUGUAUGAGAUUAAGGUUCUGGCCUUCAACCAACACGGAGACGGCAACGCCACCAUGCGCUUCGUCUCACUGAAGGAGGCUGUGGAGAAAUCAGGUGACUGCCUGCUGCCACACACACACAAACACUCACGCAAACCAUGGCUCACACGUCCUGUAAUGUUUCCAGAGCAGCGUUGAAGAGGCCUCAUGCAGGUUGUUGUGUGUUUACAGCUCUCUUUUGGCUGGAUCACUCCAUGCUGCCACAGCAUUGGUAGUCUGGCUGGAGGCACUAGAUUAGAUUGUGGUGUACUGUAUGACAGCUUUGUUUCUCUGUGUGUAUGUAAAUCCUUACUGGGCUGUGUGUGUGUGUCUCUACAGUGCUGAACACCCCCUGUGACUGUGUGAAGGAUGAACAGAGCAAGACCUCUACAACCGGCAUCGUCAUCGGCAUCCAUAUAGGAGUCACCUGCAUCGUCUUCUGCAUGCUAUUCCUCAUGUUCAGCUACAGGGGGAGGUGAGUGUGGGUGCAACACAAGGGGGCAAUGUGUGUCUGUGUGGGCUUGAUCCUAGCCUGGGGCCUGACGGUGGGUUUUUGUGUUCCUCCAGGUUGAUGACGUGUAAGACAGUGCAGGCCACCCCCCAGGCCGGGCGUAACAUUGCCCUGGAGUCGUCCUCCUCCUCCCAGGGGGCCCUGGCCCUAAACGGGGUGAGCAGGUCAAGCAUGGAAGGGAACGGCAGCGUUGCUGGGAAGAGCAGGGGAGACAGCAACGAGCUGGAGAGACUCUUCUCAAGGACCGUCCCAUUGUGGAGACCUAGCUGACAGUUCACGCAUGGUGAGUAGAUGGCCUGACACUGUGGUAACAGCUCAAAAGCACCAAGUACUCAACUGAAAUCAAGUCAUAGGAGUUCAAUUUAUCCAAUGUCCAUAAUGAUGCAAUGGACUAGAUUUACAUUAGAUUGGCCAUUUUCUAAAUUACCAUAUUAAAGCUGGAAUCCUUAAUUGGUGAAACUGCCACGCCCGUUAAGGAUAUUACAACAACAAAGGAUUGACUGCAAACAACUAACACUGUUUUUUCCCUCUGCACACGCGAUAGAACAGCACAAUUUGAACUGCAAUUAUUUUCACCAGGACGCUCCUCACCUCGUCAACAAAACAAUAACAACGGCAGUUGUGCGGAUGGUGGCACUGUUUCCCCUACUACGCGUUCCAUCUUUAACUACAUUACUGUGUGUGUGUGUGUUUCCAGUUGGAUAGCUCCCUGGUGUCCUGUGCACUGAACGAGACCCAGUUGUCCACUCUGCCGCUGGAUGACUUCAGCCUGGUCGUGGAGGGGGACAGAGAGACGCAGUUCCAGAGGCCUCCAGCAGAGGGCCGGGGGGCAAGUGACAGAGCCGUGGCCGGAGUCACCCAGCAGGACCAGGCC